UGCUGGUUAAUUUUAAAAGUGAACUUGCAGUCAUCGAACUUGAGAUUCAGGCUUUGGUUAGAUUGGCCGAGGAAAUCGCUAAAUCUGAUAUCCCAGUUGGUUCCAGAAAAAUUAAGGGAAGAUAUAUCCAGUCGCACCUGUUUUCACGUUUGGGAGCCAUACAAGAAAAAUUGGCGGCGCAAAUAAAGGAUGUGGAAGCUGCACAAGCCAAAGAGGUUCCUUUAUCCUGGGUUGGGGUAGCAGAGAGUGUACAAGUAAUGGGUUCCUUUGAUGGUUGGAGUCAAGGAGAGCACUUAUCGCCCGAGUACAAUGGAUCUUAUAUGCAUUUUUCAACUACAUUGUUUCUAAGACCGGGAAGGUACGAAAUCAAGUUCUUGGUAGAUGGAGAGUGGCAUCUAUCCCCAGAACUCCCAAUUACUGGAGAGGGGUUAACUAAGAACAAUUUAUUGAUUGUGGAAUAGCUCCUGUAGCUAGCAUACAAUGUAUAUAUGCGGAAAAUCUGCUCUGGGCUGAAAGAACCUAUUAAUCGUGGAAUGGCUCGUGUUUAUCAGCAUGCCAUGCCCUAUCUGCUGAAGGUCAGUGCUCUAGGUGUGAAAUGCUAUGCAGUUUUCAAGCCAUCCAAUUUAUUUAUGUAAUGAACUUUUGGUAAAAUAUCAUAAAUGUUUAGUAAGCAUUUAAACAAUGUUCUUGUAGAUAUGAUAAGAUGACUAUUCACUAGCUUUAAAGUCUUACUCUCCUCCGUUCACUUUUA